GACAGCUGUCAGAUAGUAAACGUUUUUCGUUUUGUUGUUCGGAUUCACAAGCUUCCCCGACUUCUCUUUUGUAUAAAAAAGAAAACUACUUCCAACAAUUUCAUGGUGUUCCACAUUGACCAUUUCUUGUGAAUUCUAUGCUAUCGUCCACACACACAUGAUUGGUAAAUAAGCCUUUGAUCUAUUAACAGUCCAUAUUAAUUGUGAAAUUAUGUCCUAUUCGCGCAAGGAGAUCGAUGACUUGCAUGCUGACAUUGUUUCGCUGGUCGCCGCGAAGGCAAACCUAACCAGCAGCGAUGAACAACGUAACGUGGUAGCUUCCAUCGAACACUGCCUCUACAAUGGGUAUGAACGUCGGCGUAUAUGUGAAAAAUUGGAAAAAUAUAUGGAACCGAAAUAUUCGUCCAAGUUGGUUGACAAGCUGCAGGAUCGUCUAGAUGAAUACAAACGAAAGCAAAGAAAACGCGCAAAUGAUCCAAGCGAUUCUUCUAAACCAGCUGAGGGUGGAUCGGAAGUUGCAAAGAAAUCCCGCUUCGAUGUGGUCACACCCAGUGCCGCCAAUGGUAAUGGUGCCAAGGCCGCGGCUCCUCAAGUUCCAAGUGUGGCACCCAUAACACCAGCAACGACAUUACCCACAAUGCCCGCGUCGCUAAUGGGAAGCCUUGGCGCAACAUCAUCGCUUAACAGCAAUCAAAUAAAAUUAAUGAUGGUUAAUGCCCAGCGUGAAAUCGAGGAGCGGAAAAGAGCAUUGAGUCAACUUAAGGGCAAAGAUCCGUUGCUGGCAUCUUUGCAACACCCCCCACCAACAACCCCCCUGAUUAAUCAAAAUUUGGCUAAGGUUAGUAGCGAAGCCGAUGAGAAGGCAAGAAAAAUUGCCGAAUUGCAGGCCCAAAUUCGUGCAAAGUUAUCCGGUUCUUUGGGAGCGUUAAUACCUCCCAUAACACCGGCCGUCACCGAACGCCCAAAGCCAUUGAUUUUGGAUGAAGAGGGAAGAACCGUUGAUAAAAGUGGCCGGGCCAUUAAUAUCCCAACUGUAACGCCCACACUUAAGGCAAAUAUUAGGGCCAAGAAACGUGAGGUUUUCAAUAAGUCUCAACACCAUACCGAUAAGACCUCAAGCCAAGAUGACACAUUGAAAUUUUUCGAUGAUCGAAUAACCCUGAAACCGGGUAGUCGCAAUAAGAGAGCUUUACGUUUCCAUGAGCCUGGAAAAUUCCAACAAAUGGCCGAACGUAUGCGUAUGAAAGCCCAACUGGAACGUUUGCAAAAUGAAAUAUCACAAAUAGCUCGGAAAACUGGUAUAAGUUCGGCGACAAAGCUGGCCUUGAUUGCACCCAAACAGGAUACACCCGAUGAUGUGCCAUCUAUGGAAUGGUGGGAUUCGGUAAUUCUUACCAAUGACCUUAACACAUUGGAUGAGGAUGGAAGAAUUAAGAUUCGUCAAUCGGCCAUAACAAAUCUUAUUGAACAUCCCACACAAAUGAAACCUCCUAACGAACCCUUAAAGCCGGUAUAUUUGCCUGUAUUCCUCACCAAAAAGGAACGCAAGAAACUACGUCGCCAGAAUAGACGUGAAGCGUGGAAGGAGGAACAGGAGAAAAUACGUUUGGGUCUAAUACAGGCUCCGGAGCCCAAGUUACGUAUUUCUAAUUUAAUGCGUGUUUUGGGUACCGAAGCUGUACAAGAUCCCACGAAAAUCGAGGCACAUGUGCGAGAACAGAUGGCCAAGCGACAAAAAGCCCACGAAGAUGCAAAUAAUGCUCGAAAACUGACCGCGGAACAGAAGAGUGAAAAGAAGAUUCGUAAAAUCAAAGAAGAUACCUCGUGUGGUGUGCAUAUCAGUGUCUAUCGUAUCAAAGAUCUACAGGAUAAUGCCAGUAAAAAGUUUAAGGUGGAAACCAAUGCCAAACAAUUGCAUAUGACUGGAACGGUGGUAUUGUUUCGAGAUUGUUGUGUCGUUGUGGUGGAGGGCGGCCCGAAGCAACAAAAGAAAUAUCGCCGCCUUAUGCUGCAUCGCAUCAAGUGGGAUGAGGAUAUUGUUAAGGGUCCCGAUGGCCAAGAAGUUCCUAAUUCAUGUGUAUUGGUUUGGGAGGGUACAAGUCAACGUCGUCACUUUGGUGAAAUUAAAUUCAAAGUAUUUCCUAUGGAAAAAAUGGCACGAGAAUUCUUCCAAAAGCAUCAAGUUGAACACUACUGGGAUUUGGCUUAUUCAGGAGCUGUGCUUGAGGCCUCUACUGAUGAGUAAACAUGUAAAGUUAUACGACUUGUUAUAAAAAAAUCAUACUUUAGGCUAUUAUUCAGGGAACCAAAUUCAUCAUUCAUGUUCAUUCAUGAAAGGCGUCAACUAAAAAUAUAAACAAAAUUCUCGAUUGUGUCUUUCGGUA